AUGAUUGCAAUAUUCGUUCUUUGUUUAAUAAGUAGUGUCGAAUGUAUCAUCAAACAAGUACCACCAGACCAGCGAGUUGAUUGCUCGCCAAAACCAGGAAUUGAUAAAGCUACAUGCUUAUCUUUUAAAUGCAUUUGGGAUGAUGAGCAUUAUUCCGAUACGACUGUUCCAGCUUGCUACUUUCCGCCGGAUACGGGAUAUAUGAUUGCCCAAAAAUCUAAUUUAUCGUUAAAAUUGCAAAAAUCAAAAGAUGCGGCGUUGAAUCCUUAUGAUGUUGACAUACCAGAAAUCGAAGUACAGAUUACAAAUUCUUAUUCCAUCCUAAAUGUGCGAAUUGGUGUUGAAGGAAGAUACGAGCCAACAGUGCCUUUACCAAGAGCCUGCAGCACAACAGAACAGCAUUUUACCACAGAAAUUCCCAACGAAUCUGAACUUUUUAUACUUCGAAUUCGUCGUAUGACAACAGGAGAACUGAUUUGGGAUACCUCAAUCGGUGGUUUACUUUUUGCUAAUCAAUACAUUCAAAUUGCAACUUUUUUACCGACUGAUAAAAUUUAUGGGAUUGGUGAGCAUGUUCAUUCAAGCUUGAAGCAUAAAUUCACAAAAUAUACAACAUGGCCAAUGCUUGCAAGAGACCAGCCACCUGAUCCGGAGAAUCCGUAUCGCAAUUUGUACGGAGUGCAUCCAUUUUAUCUGGGCUUAGAAAAGAACAACAAUGCACACGGUGUACUUCUUUGGAAUAGUAAUCCACAGGAAAUAACAACAGGGCCUGGGCCACAUCUAAUAUAUCGCUCUAUUGGUGGAAUACUUGAUGUGACAUUUUUCCCAGGGCCAAAACCAGAGCAAGUUAUACAGCAAUAUCUUGAAUACAUUGGACGACCAUUUCUUCCAGCUUACUUUGCACUUGGAUUCCAGUUUUGUCGAUAUGGUUAUAAAAAUUUGGCUGAAAUGAAGGAGACAAUUGAAAGAAUUCAAAAUGCCAGUAUACCAAUUGAUGUUGCAUAUGCAGACAUUGAUUACAUGGAACGGUACAAAGAUUUUACUAUCGGGAAAGAACACUGGUCAAAUUUUAAAGAAUAUGCUGAUGAACUACAUAAUAAUGGAAUGCACUUGGUGCUUAUUAUCGACCCUGCAGUACAAGUUAACUAUUCUACUUUUCAAAGAGCAAUUGAAAAAAAUGCUAGUUUUAUAGAAUGGGAAAAUUAUGAUCAUGUACAACAUGAGAUCCAGAACAAAUACCCGUCAACAAAAGGGACAAAGAUAAUGCUUUCUGUUGUGUGGCCGGACUGGCAUGUUGCUUUUCCUGAUUUUCUCGAUCCAGAACCAUCGACUGCAGAAUGGUGGAUUGAGGAAUUCAAGCGUUUCUAUCAAAUGCUCCCAUUUGAUGGCAUCUGGAUCGAUAUGAAUGAACCGGCUGCUUUUGGUACUAAUGAAUAUCAUCCAUUUUAUUUUGACGAUCCGGAUAGACCAGCAAAGAUAAUACCGCUCAAAUGCCCUCUCAAUGAUGCGACAUUGAAAUAUGAUAACCCACCUUAUGAAACCUGGAACUCUUAUGCUUACAAUUUUUUUGAAGCUCAUUUAUCAAACAAAACUGUUUGUAUGUCCGGGAUGACAAACAGGGGAACUCAGAGAAUUUAUGAUACGAAAAAUUUGUAUGGAUUAGCAGAAACGAUAAUAACUCAAAAGGCGCAGCAUGCAGUAACAGGAAAACGAGGCUUAAUUUUAUCCAGGUCCACAUUUGUUUCAUCGGGCCAUUAUGGCGGCCACUGGCUUGGUGAUAAUAGUGCUCGUUGGAUAGAUUUGAGAUCUUCCAUUAUUGGUAUUCAAGAAUUUAAUUUAUUUGGUAUACCAUACAUUGGAGCAGAUAUUUGCGGUUUCAAUGGAGAAACAACUGAGGAAUUGUGUUUACGAUGGCAACAACUCGGUGCAUUUUAUCCCUUUUCAAGAAAUCAUAAUGAAAAAGGUAUAACAGGCCAGGAUCCAUCUCGAUGGCCAGAUGUUGCAAAAGCCACUCGAAAAGCUAAUCUUUUUCGAUAUUAUUACCUCCCAUAUCUCUAUAGCUUAUUAUUCGAUGUUUCAUUGUAUGGCGGGACUGUUAUUCGGCCAGUUUUCUUUGAAUUUACUUAUGAUCCAGAAACUCAUGACCUUGGAGAACAAUUUAUGUGGGGAAGUGCAAUGAUUAUUAUUCCAGUAUAUCAACCAGGCGCUACGUCUGUGUCUGGUUAUUUGCCCUCGACAAUAUGGUAUUCUCUUCGAGAUUUUGACUAUGGUACACUGAUAGAACCAGGCCGCAGUGAAUUUAGCGCACCGAAGGAUGAACUCAUUCCUGUUUUUAUUAAAGGAGGUGCUGUGAUACCACGACAACAGCCAAAUAUGACAACCACUCUUUCAAGAAACAACCCUUUUGAAUUGCUUAUUGCAGUUGGUCCGAGCAAAUCAAUUGGUAUGCUGUACUGGGACGAUGGUGAAAGUAUUAUAGAAGCUUCUAUGGCUUACAAUUAUUUCCAUUGGUUAUUCGAAUUUAUACUCACUGAUGACAGUGCUACUUUAUAUAUCACUCCAAACCAUACUGCUGUAGGACUGGUAGUGCCUACGUUAGAUGUUGUGGAUGUCAUCGGUUAUCGUUAUCAUCCCAAACUGAAUGAGGUAUGGCUCAACGGCAUGCUAGUUGAAAUUGAUAUUCAACAAUCACAUUACGACGAUUCAAAGAAUCGUUUACUGAUAAUUAAGAAGAAUUUGGUGAACAUCGCUAAUGGAAAAAAACAGACAUUAUCUUGGUCACAUCAAAAGCCAAUUUGUAAUAAUGCUUAUUACUGA